CACGAGCAUGCGCAGUAAGGGUAUCCUUGAAGCGCGUUUUGUUUUAGACAUUUUAAAAGCAGUUACGUGCUGGUGGCUAUUAUUCAUCCUUAGUGUAUUACAGCAAGUGUCGUGACCGUAUGAAAACACAUCGAAUACAUGAAAACAGAAUUCAGCUGUGGAGAUGUCUGUUGUGACAUUAAAUCUCGGGCAGUGUGGAAACCAGGUUGGCCAGGAGCUGCUGAACGUCGUAAGCAACGAUGCCUUUAAUGCUCAGAAAAACUGCCCGGGAGUACAGGGGAAGACCUAUUAUGCUUGCGCCCUGGACCGAUUCUUCCGGGAGGAACAGACCGGAGAACUUGCUGCACGGGCAGUCCUUAUUGACAUGGAACCCAAAGUUAUUAAUCAUGCCAUUGCAACAGCAGCAAAAUCUGACAUGUGGAAGUAUGGUGAUGGGUCUUACUUCUGUGAAAAACAAGGCUCGGGAAACAACUGGGCCAAAGGGUUCUGUGUUCAUGGGCCCCAGCAUGAGGAGGCUGUGGUUGAGCUGGUCCGGAGAGAGGUGGAGCGCUGUGACAGGUUGGCAGGCAUUCUGACCAUGAUGAGCGUAGCUGGAGGCACUGGCUCUGGCAUGGGCACUUAUAUCACCCAAUGUCUCCGAGACAUGUACCCACAUUCCUUUAUCCUCAAUCACCUGACCUGGCCCUAUAGUACUGGUGAGGUGAUUGUCCAGAACUAUAACUCUGUUCUCACGCUAUCCCAUCUGUACCAGUUAUCUGAUGGCAUGUUGGUCCACGAGAAUGACACAGUGCACAAGAUCUGUGCUCAGCUCAUGAACAUUAAGCACAUUUCCUUCAGCGAUAUCAACAAGAUCAUUGCUCACCAACUGGGUAGUGUGCUUCAGCCGGCAGAUGUGGGAGGAACACAGAGUGAUUACAGCCGAAACCCAGUGGGUGAUCUCAUGAGCAGCCUGGCGUGUCAUGCUGAGUACAAACUUCUCAGCAUGAGUGCCAUCCCCCACAUGUCCAGCUCCUCCUUGGCCUACAGCUCCUUCACCUGGCCUGGCCUGCUCAAGCACCUGCGGCAGAUGCUCAUUGCUAACGCCAGAAUGGAGGAAGGAAUUGAUUGGCAGGUGUGUGUUCCCCCUGUGAGACAGGGAGCAGAACGAACAAGAGAAAUCAAGCAACUGCAAUUUAACACUUCUCUUGCUAAUCUGCUGAUAUUGCGAGGGAAGGAUGUCUCCUGUGCUGACUCAGGGGCCUUUCUGCACCCCGGCCUGUAUUCCUCCUGGCUACCACCAGAGGCUGCUUUUAGAACAUGGAGUUCCCUCAUGCCUUUUAAUGGAUAUGAGAAAUCUGCCACUCUGAUCAGCAACAGUCAGUCUCUCCUGCAACCCUUGAACAAGAUGGUGGGAAAAGCAUGGAACAUGUUUGCCUCCAGAGCCUAUAUUCAUCAAUACACUAGGUUUGGAAUCUCAGAGGAGGACUUUCUGGACAGCUUCACAGCCCUGGAGCAGGUCAUCUCUAGCUACACAUGCCUGUAGUCACAAAUCAUUCCAUCUCCAAGUUUCUGUGACUGAGGCAGCCAUACUUGAUACUGGUCAAACUGGUGGUGUAGUUUGGGGUAACCUAGCUGAGGGAGGCCCCUGAUGAUUUCCAGAUAUUAGAGUGUCCUUGACAUGCCUACUUCUUCAACUGUUGUUUUGUGAAAAAUGUCUUCUGAUAUAACUGGGCUUGAUCACAUCUCACAAGGUUGCUGUUAUAAGUGACAGUUAAAAUUAAGAUGAACAAAAGCAGUGAAUACACAUUUCAAAUAAAACUGGUUCACUGAACUUAAAAUAUUUUAACUAAAUAUUGCUUUAAAUUGGGGGCAGCAUGGUGGUGUAGUUGUUAGCACUGUUACAUCACAUCUCUGGGCCUGGGAUUUAAGUGUCUGCCCUGGAGCCAUGUGUUCGGGGUUUGCGUUUUCUCUCUGUGUUGUUAUGGGGUUUCUUCUGGGUUCUCUGGUCCCCCCACCACUGUCUAAAAACAUGGUAAGGUUAGAGUUGCCAAAUUCCCCAUAGGUAUGAAUGUGUGGGUGCAUGGUGUAUAUGCCCUGCGAUGGGUUGGCACCUCAUCCUCGGUAAUUCCCGCUGCACUCACUGUUGGAUAGGCUCCAAACCCCUGCAACUCUGCAUAGGACAGAUGUUAUAGAAAAUGGACUGCUUUAAAUUAAAGUAGUACUUUGUCUGUGCGUGUUUUUAGAGGUGUACUUAAAUCUGAGUUUCAUGAUUGUUUUCUCUUGACCACAUGUGAUUAUGCGAUUAUUUUGUAUUUUCAGAUAAAAGAAUAGCACUUGGUUGUGUGUUCAUUAACAUUAA